AUGAGUUUGCCGAUAGCGCAGCUUUACGAAAAGGCUGGUCAAUUUGUGCCCCUGAUUGAGAAAGUCUACAAUGGAAGCAACGUAGGUAUAUCGGAGUCGAAGUUGUUGGGAGAUGUUUUGCACUUCAUUGCAGAAUUGAAGGACCAGCAUAUUUUUUGUGAUCCACAGUUUGAACCUAUCGCGGUAUUCUGCCUUACUAUAUUCUCCUUCAAUGACCAGUCCACUAUUGAUUGGUUGAAAUCGCGGUUCAACUCGAUUCUGGCGUCUUGUAACAAGUGUGUCUUGGCAUUUGCAAGAGGUAAGAGCCGAAUGUUGAGACAUUUUGCAAUCCAAAGAAACGUACCACAUGAACAUGUCGCUAAAUUUAAUAACCUCAUCUGCAGCUGGCGCUUAGAUACCAUUAGAGUACCCAUUGAAAAACUGAGCAAUCUGCCGAUAGGUUCACAGGUAGAGAACGACUUCUCCUGUGCUUUUUAUGAAUGUAUGACUGAUCCAAACUUGAUGAGAAUGGAUCGGGCCUUUCGUGCUCUGUUUGACAAAUCUUUCUCCGUGUUGUUAUCCAGUCAAGAUUCUCUAUUGAAUGGUAAAACACCAAAUGACGGAGAUAUCCUGCUUGCAGGUACUAUAUUCUGCUGGUGUGAAGGAAAUAAGGAUGAAAAUGAUUGGGCUAGGAAAGUACUGCGAAACCUAAUUCAAAGCAAAACAACGUUUAAUAUGAAGACCAUAGGUGAUGACGUACUGGAUGAAAUUCAAACACAUUUUCUUUUCUUACAAAAUCCAGGUAACUGGAAUGAGGUUAUAGUUUCGCAAUUCUGGACACGAUUUAUUCCAAUCUUCACCAUGUUAGAUCGAGAAAUUAUUGAGGAAUACUUCGGCAUACCAAAAAAUCAAGAAUCACUGAAAAGAUCAUUUAAGUACCCAAUUGAAUCUUUGGUAAAACUGUGGUGUAAUCAUAUGACGAAGUUGUAUUCUGAUAAGCCUGUAGAUUUCUUGCUUCGAGCUUUGCAUAUGUUUCUGGACAAACUUGGCCAGGAUUUUUGGCAACUUAUUGAGCCAUAUACAUUUCACAGUAUUUUAGAUUCUUUAUUUGAACAACCAGUCUUCUUGGCUAGACUUAUGAGAUUACAGAAAGAGCCUAUUAUAGAAAAUCGUGAAGAACUAAUAUUUUCAUUUUCAGGUUCAUUGACAGAUUUACUAGCUUGGACUUUACCAUUUUACAACGCGCUUUCUCCAUCAAAACGGAUACAGAUGGUCAAGAAGGUGUCGAUUUCUUUUUUGAAAAUAGUUGCACAUCAACCAAAUUUAGAAUCUAUAUCCAAAGCCUGUUUGGUUACUUCUUCUUGUACGCUACUGUCUUCGGUUCUUUUCAUCACAGAUGAUGAACGAGCAAAACUUUAUUCUGUGAACGAUUUUGAAAAUGUUUUAUUAACCAAAGUGGAUUCUCGUCUCUUACUAGAUAAUUCAUUGAUCCAAAAUGUUUUACUAAAAUCGAUUACGGAACCAGCGAGUUUUUAUCCAGGUUUAGGUAAUUCUGCUACAUCGGUUGCUGCAUCUACUAUGGGGGUUCUUACAACAUGUAUUGACUUCGAUUUGUUAACUUUAUGUCAAAGAACUUAUAAAUUGUAUUUUGGGACGGCGGUAAACGAAUUUCCUCUUCCAUUAUCAUUACUGGAAAAUAUGGUCGGUAGUAUUCAAUUGGGAUCGUUUCAUAAUGGACCUUUACUAACCAAAUUGCUGCUUACUUCACUAAAAAAUGUUUAUGGUAUUGUGAUUAUUACUAAGUCGAAUUUAAAUACUACACAACAUAAUAAGACAGUUGAAAAUGUCUGGAACUUGGUAAUAAAUUUGGUUGAAAAUUUUAAUGAUUUACUUCCUAAUCAACUAAUGGAAAUAUUAGGCGACAAGGAUGCUAUGGUUGGUUUUUGGUCUUGUAUUUUUAGUUCGAAUGAAAAACUGUACCAAGCCGCUACAAAUAUACUGUACAACACAUUCGAUGUUGAUGGUAGAUUGGAAGGUGUGCAGGCGUUGUUUAAACAAAAUGUUUCUUCACAUCUGAACUCCAUCAAUUUUAUUCUCUCGAAAUUGAUCAAAUGUGAAUACUUUGAACUAUGUCCAAGAACAGUUAAAGUGUUAAUGGAUAUUAUUAGUGCAUUCAUUGAUCCUACUAACGGUGUACUAAGUAAUCCAGAAAUUUCUAAUUCAUCAGAAACUAAGGAUGAAAUGUUUAGUUUUUGGAAUUUGGUUUGGUCAUUUUUGGAUUCUAUUUACAGAUGUACAUUAAAGUGGGCGACAAAGUAUAACUACUCUUUAUUAGAGAAUUUUACAAAAGAUACUCUUGAUCUAAGUAACGCCUUGGUUGGAUCAUUUAGAGAAUUCAAAGAUGUUUUGGGUGAAAAUGUAAACCUCUUUCAUGUUGUGCUAAAGGCUUUUAAAAAUAUGCUUUAUUGGUUAAGGCUAAGUGAUGAAAUUUUAUUAGAAUCAUGUGUUAAAUUGAUUACUAGUACAUCAGAUCUUGCUCAAGAGCGAAAGAUGAAGUUUGAUGACGAACUUGUUGAACUAAUGGCGAAAUAUGGAUCCAAAUACAGGAAAUUUUCCAAUAAACUUUCAUUGCAGCAGUCUAAUGAAAUUAUCAGUAGAGCUCAGACAUUAAAUCCUACUUUAACCAGUAAAAUUAUGGAUGAAGCAUCUGCAUAUAAUAAAAUGAAGGAACAGGCCAAACAAACGAUUGUUAUUAGUGAUUCUGAAGAGACGGGUACUGGAAAAUCACCUGCAGAGCUAAAGUCUGAAUACUUGCAAAGAAAAGCUCUUGGUCUGGCUGCACAUACAAAAUCUAAGGUAACGCAAUCUAAGAUCACAUCCUUUGGUACAGUUCAAGCUGGUGCAGCAUUAAGCUUGAAGACCAAACCACAACCUAAACCAUUGUCUAAAAUGGAGAUGGCUAGAAGGCAGUUGUUACAAAAUAGGGUUAUACAUCCUCCAAGUCAACCAGCAUUUCAUACUAAAGCGCCUUCAAAAUCUCAAACUGCGGAAGAUGAUACUAGUAGUGAUGAAAGUGACAUUGAUAUGGAAACUGCAAGAGAAUUAUUUGCUGUUGCCAAAAGUAAGUCUAAGGGUAUUGAAACAUUAGAUAUUUCUGGUAAGCCGAUAAAAAUAAAUAGCGCUGCUGAAAGAGCAAAAAUGGAAGAAGAGUAUAUGAGAAAGAGAUUAAACGUUGAUUUGAAUCCUUUAUAUGAGCAGUUACUACAAUGGGAUUAUACAAAAAUAAGUGAAUAUCCUGAUGACAAAGGUGCUGAUGCCUAUCGUGACAUAAAAGACGAGUUUAAAUCUGCUAAUGAUUAUAAGAAUGUCAUGAAGCCUUUAUUGCUUCUGGAAUCAUGGCAAGGUAUGUGCUCUGCAAGGGACAGAGAUGAAAACACACCAUUUUCAAUUGUUAUUGGUAAUAGAACUAGUAUUUCAGACUUCUAUGAGAUAUAUGCAUCAAUCAGUAAAAAAAUGUUACAGGACAGUAACAUAACGGAAUCCGAUCUUAUAGUCUUAGCAUAUUUCCCAAAUAUUGCACCAGGACAAAAGGUAAGAUAUGAAGAAUUUAAAAAGGCGCAGUUUACUUGUUUGGCUAAGGUAAAAACCCUGAAGAAGACAAAAGGUGGUAAUGUAGAUAUGUCUCUGAGAGUGCAUAGAAACCAUAGCUUUGCCAAAUAUUUGACUCAUAGGGCAGAAAUCAAUGCAGUCAAAGUAAUGCAAAUGACAACAAUUGAGAGAGAAUAUUCCACUCUGGAGGCUUUACAGUAUUAUGAUUUGGUUAAUCAAAUUCUGUCUGCAAAACUUUCUCCGCCAUCUAAUACAUUUGAGCAACAGAUUAUGAAGGUUCAGCAAGAAUAUUUCCUGAAUGAGUCUCAAGCUAGAGCAAUUGUGAAUACUGUUAUUAGUAGUGGUUUCUCUUUAAUUCAAGGUCCACCUGGUACUGGUAAGACUAAGACAAUUUUAGGUAUAGUUGGUUAUUUCUUAUCUCUAAGAAAUGCUACACCAACAGGAACCAUCCAAGCACCUACCGAUAAAAAAUCUACCACCUUAGAUCAGAUGCUAAAGAAACCAAAGAUAUUGAUUUGUGCUCCCAGUAAUGCAGCAGUCGAUGAGAUCUGUUUACGUUUAAAGAGUGGUAUCAAAACAAAAGGACAGACUGUUAGGCCGGCUAUAAUUAGAUUAGGUCGUACAGAUGUGGUAAACGCGGAAUUAAAGGAUGUCACAUUAGAAGAAAUCGUUGACAAGAAACUUGGGGAUAAGAGUUAUGAAUUUACCAAUAAUCCUGAUAUUGAGAAAAAAUUCCAAUCACUUCUCUCCGAAAGAAGACAAUUAAGAGAUAAAUUAAAUGCAGAGAAUGGAUCUCCAGAUAGUUCAAUGUCAACAAAUGAUAUAGCAAAUCUCCAAAUGAAGAUAAGGGAACUAACUAAAAGUAUCAAUGAAUUGGGACGUGAAAAGGAUGAAAUGAGAGAGAAAAAUGCCAUUAAUUACAGAAAUCGUGAUCUGGAUAGACGGAAUGCUCAAGCCCAGGUACUUGCCUCAUGUGAUAUUAUCUGCUCGACAUUAUCUGGUUCAGCACAUGAUGUCCUAGCUACAUUGGGAAUGAAAUUUGAGACUGUCGUUAUUGAUGAAGCAUGUCAAUGUACAGAAUUAUCAGCAAUUAUUCCACUUCGAUAUGGCAGUAAAAGAUGUAUUAUGGUUGGUGAUCCAAAUCAAUUACCUCCAACUGUUUUAUCUGGAGCAGCUAGUAACUUCAAGUACAAUCAAUCCUUGUUUGUAAGAAUGGAAAAAAAUUCAAAGCCAUUUCUUUUGGAUGUUCAAUAUCGUAUGCAUCCCGCUAUUAGUAAAUUUCCUUCUGCUGAAUUUUAUGAUGGCCGCCUGAUGGAUGGUCCUGAUAUGGAAUCAUUAAAUAAAAGAAUAUGGCAUGAGCAAGAGCCAUUUAAACCAUACAAAUUUUUUGACAUAACCAGCGGUCAGCAAGUUCAAAAUGUUAAAACCAUGUCAUAUACUAAUAAAGAAGAAAUUGAAGUUGCAAUAGAGAUGGUCGAUAAACUAUUUAGGCUUUAUGAUAACAAGAUUGACUUUUCUAACAAGAUUGGAGUUAUAUCCCCGUAUAAGGAGCAAAUUCAACGAAUGAGGAGAGAAUUUAUGAGAUAUUUUGGAGGUUCCAUCACGAAAUUUGUCGAUUUCAACACGAUUGAUGGUUUCCAAGGUCAGGAAAAGGAAAUUAUUAUUAUAUCUUGUGUCCGUGCUGAUGACUCGCAAAGUGGUGUUGGGUUUUUAAAGGAUUUCAGAAGAAUGAAUGUUGCAUUAACCAGAGCUAGAACCAGUAUAUGGAUCUUGGGUCAUCAGAAGUCUUUGAGAAAGAGUAAACUGUGGUCUCACUUGAUAGAUGACGCUGAAGGAAGAGGUUGUUUGCAGCAAGCCUAUUCUGGCUUUUUGAAUAGUUCAAAUAGCAGGGCCCAGGAUACACUGAACAAAUAUAAAGAAUCCAAAUCAAAGGAAAAGAAAAAGCAUCCAAUUCCAGCGGCUGCCGAUAAAAAGGAUGCUGAUAUUUCUAAUAGAAAUAUUUCUGAAGCUACCGACAUCUCUGAUGGGGAGGAUGAUUAUGAUCCUGUUACCGCCUUUAAACCGAUUGAAAAGAUAGCAAUAAAAAGAAGGGCUGAUAAUCAAGACAAAAGUCCAUUUAUUGAGAAGAAAAGAAUUAAAAAGCCAAAAAUACAGGCAAAUGAUGAAAACCCAUCUGGAACAAAAAAAAAAUCCUCGAUAUUUGGAUCAAAGGAGAAUAACCAAGUGCCUUCAAAGCCGGCAGUUCCAUAUAUUAAAGAUAAAGCUUCGAAGAAAGAUAAGAAAGAAGAUAAAAAGAAAUCAAAAAAAUCGAGACAUAUCAGUUUUUCAGACUCUAUAGAAACAAUACCAUGA